AUGUCUGCACCCACAAAAACCUUCUCAGGCUGGGUCGCCCAUGACGCAACAAGCCCCCUAAAAUACACAACCUUCGAACCAAAACCCUUCACAGAAACGGAUAUCGAAAUCCGCAUAACACACUGCGGAAUCUGCGGAACAGACAUUCACACCCUCCGCUCAGGCUGGGCACCAGCAGACUACCCCUGCGUCGUCGGCCACGAGAUAAUCGGAAUAGUGACGCGGAUUGGAUCCGGUGUCCCAACUCUGGCCUCUUCAGCAGCAUCCCGAGAAAUCAAACUCGGAGAUCGAGUUGGUGUCGGUGCUCAGAGCGGUUCUUGUUUGAAAGCAGACUGUGAAGCUUGUGCUGAUGGUGAGGAAUCUUAUUGUCAGCGCAUGACGGGGACUUAUAAUGCGCGGUAUGCAGAUAAAAGUAAAUCGUUUGGAGGAUUUGCGGAGCAGUGGCGUGGUCCUGCGCAUUUUGUAUUCAAGAUUCCGGACUCGUUGCCCUCACUUCAGGCGGCGCCGUUACUUUGUGCCGGUGUAACUGUUUAUGCGCCCCUCAAGAAAUAUGGUGUUGGUCCUGGCAAAACAGUGGGUAUCGUUGGUAUAGGCGGGCUAGGACAUCUAGGUAUUCUCUUUGCAAAGGCUCUCGGUGCAGAGAAAGUCGUUGCUAUUUCCCGCUCUUCAAGCAAGAAGAGUGAUGCGGAGAAACUGGGUGCGGACGCUUUUAUAGCCACGGCUGAAGAGAAGGGGUGGGCGAAAUCUCAUUCUCGAUCGCUGGAUGUGGUUCUUUCUACUGUUUCAGGCGGUGAUAUGCCUUUUUCGGGUUAUUUGAGACUUUUAAAGCGUGAUGGGGUCUUUGUGCAGGUUGGUGCGCCGGAGGAUCCGUUGCCGCAGCUUGCGGCUUGGUCGUUGAUUCAGAAGAGUGUUAAGGUUACGGGGUCGAAUAUUGGGUCCACGGCGGAUAUUAGGGAGAUGUUGGAGUUGGCGGCGAGAAAGAGGGUUUUGCCGUGGGUUACUAUGAGGGAUAUGGGGGAUGUUAAUGCGGCUCUUGGGGAUAUGCAUGAUGGGAAGGCGAGGUAUCGGUUCGUUUUGAAGAAUGGUGGGGAGCAGGUGGAGGCCAAGCUUUGA